AUGCCUGCUCUUACUGUCCAAGCCCAGCUCGAGGGCGUCACUGCUCUCCAGCCCACUGAUACUGAAGAGAACCCUUACUUCUACACCUUCAAGGUGCAAUGCACUUCUUGUCGUGAGACUCAUCCCAACUGGGUCAGCUUCAACCGCUUUGAGGUUCAUGAAAUCCCCGGCAGCCGCGGUGAAGCCAACUUCGUUUGGAAAUGUCGUCUUUGCACGAAAACCCACACUGCGUCAAUCACCAGUGGACCGAAAGCCUAUGAGACCCAGGAGAAGAAGACCAGCCAGAAGGUGAUCGAGAUGGACUGCCGCGGCCUCGAGUUCACUGAGUUCAAGCCUGAUGGUGAAUGGGAAGCCAAGGGUGUUGAAUCCACCACCACUUUCACUGGCAUCGAUCUCAUGGAAGGCGAGUGGUUCGACUAUGAUGAGAAGAAGGGAGAAGAAGUCAGCAUCAUUGAGAUCGUCUGGGCUCUCAGCCGUUAA